AUCACCGUGCGUAUCACAACUAGGCAUUCCUACCUUGCACACAAUCACGUGCACUAUAUUUAUGGAACCCAGAUCAUAUUUCUAUGUCAAAUCCAUCAGAACUUUGACAGUUUAUUGUUUGCAGAUGUCAUCAGUGCUUCACUGUGGUUGUGUACCUGAUCGAGGGCAUUCAUGUAUGGAAACUACUAUCAUGGAACCAGCCUCAUGACCGCGACAACGAGAAGACAUACUGUAUAUUGUCACUCACGAAGGACAGAACUUGUGACCAGGCCUAUAUCGCAGGCCGUGAAUUACCCCAGUCGAGUAUAUCGAACAGCACUGGCCUGUCGAAGUUCAAUUUGUGCAUUUGCUUAGGACGUGCUCUAAACAUUGCAUCAAGUGCCAGCAAGCUGAUUUUGAACACUUCACCUCCGCGAUGUUUUCUUCAACAAGCACCCUUCUUCUUACAACUCUGGCAAUCGUAGCUGUGCAUCGCGUCUCUUCAAAAGCCGACAAGAAUGAGACAGAUUCCUCUAAGAACCAGACACCGCCCCACAUCAUCUUCAUCCUUGCAGAUGAUUUGGGCUGGAAUGAUGUCAGUUUUCACGGCUCCUACCAGAUCCCAACCCCGCAUCUGGAUGAGUUGGCCUACAGUGGCGUGUUGCUGUCCAAUUACUACGUCUUGCCCAUCUGCACGCCGACUCGAAGCGCUCUUAUGACGGGGAAAUACCCAAUUCACACAGGUAUGUGGAGCUCUGUUAUCCUUGGGCCACAACCUUGGGGACUGUCACUUGACGAGACAAUUCUGCCUCAGUUGUUGAAACAGCGGGGAUAUCGCACCCACAUGGUCGGGAAGUGGCAUUUGGGCUUCUUUGAAGAGGCAUACACCCCGUCUCAUCGGGGAUUCGAUACGACCUUCGGCUACUACAACGGUAAAGGGGACUAUUGGACCCACUUCGACACAGAGAUUUACAGUGGUAUCGACUUUCACAUGAAUGGUUCUGUGUUUAAGUCUGUCUACGGACAGUAUUCGACUGAGCUUUUUACCCAGCGCGCUGAAGAAGUCAUUUCUGCGCAUGACAAAUCGAAGCCCUUGUUUUUAUAUUUUGCUCACCAAGCCGUACAUAGCGCCAAUGACCGGGAACACGCCUUACAGGCGCCGAAGGAAUACUACGAUCGCUUCCCCAAUAUUACCGAUGAGAACCGUAGGAUGUUUGCAGCCAUGGUUGCUGUAAUGGAUGAAUCGGUUGGCAAUGUGACUCGAGCUUUGAAGCAGGCAGGCCUCUUCAACAACUCUGUUAUCAUUUUCUCCACCGACAACGGCGGCCCCGCCCAUGGUUUUGACUUCAAUCACGCCAACAACUAUCCCCUGAGAGGAACCAAGCUGUCUCUGUGGGAGGGGGGUGUCAGGGGCUCAGCGUUUGUGCACAGUAAUUUACUUAAGAAACCGGGACGCAUAUCACGUGACCUACUGCACGUUUGCGAUUGGCUGCCGACAAUCUACGGAUUGGCGGGCGGGGACGCUAGAGCUCUGAAAAACAUUGACGGCUUCGACGUAUGGCCAACUUUAUCAGAGGGCAGGGCCUCUCCUCGAUCGGAGAUCCUGCUGAACAUCAAUACACAAUCCAAGGUAUCCGCUUUGCGAAUGGGCGACAUGAAAAUUAUCAACGGCGACAUAGAGGGCGGCAAAUGGUCCGGCUGGUACGAGCCUGAAGGACUCCCGCCGCACUACAAGCCACCUCCCCCGCCAGCCGGGGCAGACGUUGUAAACUGCCUCACCAAGCCUAGUAACGCGUCAACGAACUGCAAACCAACCGAGGCAACCUGUCUCUACAAUAUCACCAACGACCCUUGCGAGUUCUACAAUAUCGCCGCCUGGAAUCAAGAUAUCGUAGCGUCGAUGACAAAGCGGCUGAAUGAGUACAAGACGAGCAUGGUACCAGCACGAAACAAAAAACCGGACCCAAAGGCAAACCCAGCUCAGCACGGGGGUUACUGGAUCCCGUGGGUCGAUACGACCGAGGGGGAGCGACCAAACGCUUGAUGCGCUGACGCUCUUGUCGCUGCAGAGCUUAAGGAAAACAGUAUUAUAACUUCAUUAUGAAAUAUCUGUAUCAAAUGACAAAACUUCCAACUCGAAUACAUUAUUGAGCUGUUUCCACUGUAUGUCGUAAAAUGCCGUUUAAAAUUUCCUUUCACUCAGUGAAAUGGCAUGAAACGAGACUUACUUCUGUUUGAAAUUAAAUGUGUUCCGGUGUGAUUAAACAUGCAGUAAGCAACAUUUAAUAUACAGCAACAUGAAUAUAGUGGAAUUUACAAUUCUUAUUUGUGAAUAUGUAACUAUUCUUUUGUUCUUAAAGUCCGCCUACGCAGUACUGCGUUUAUCCUAAAAUGCAAAAUGUAAUUCAUUCAGUGUUAAAAAGCGCGGAGUAAGCAAGUUAAAUGAAACCUCGCUUAAUGUCAGUCAUUCAAGAGACGUAAUGUUUAGCUACAUACUGGGCAAAAUAAGGCCAUCCAGUUGUCUUUGCAGCUAGAUUAUACACUGAUUAAUGCAGUUUGUGUCGUGAACAAAAUCAAUGCGUUACAAUGAUGAUUUCCCCCUUUCAUACAGCAUUUACAGCGUACAGCAAAAGCUGAUAGUCUAUUUUGUAACGUUAUUCAAAAACAAAUAAAGAUAAAGAUAACUGUG